AUCUUAGUUUCCGCACCACAGUUCCUCGCUGUCCACUUCAGGCUUCCUGACUGGAAGGAUAGCCGGGAAUAAAACGCGCCGGUGAGGCUCAGGAGUCACUGGCCACAGAGACCCAGCCCGAGUUUCCCAUCGCACUGAGAUCCUGCUGGAAACUCUGCCGCAGCAUGAGCUCCGCAGCUGGGUUCUGCGCCUCACGCCCCGGGCUGCUGUUCCUGGGGUUGCUGCUCCUGCCACUUGUGGUCGCCUUCGCCAGCGGUGAGAGCAGAAGCCAGGCUGUGAGGGCCGGCAGCUGCGAGGGGGAGUCCGGGAAGCCCUGGGGCUGGGGAGAAAUCCUCUAGGAUCAUGAUCACAGCUACACUUAACGGAGCGCCUGCUGAGUGUCUGGGCACAGUGCCAGGCGCUGCACCUGCACCUCCCACCUGGUCAGCACAACUUCUGUCUGAGGGAGGUAUGAUUUAUGCUGAAGCUGAAGAAGAUGGGGACUUGCAGUGCCUGUGUGUGAAGACCACCUCCCAGGUCCGUCCCAGGCACAUCACCAGUCUGGAGGUGAUCAAGGCCGGACCCCACUGCCGCACUGUCCAACUGAUAGCCACUCUGAAGAAUGGGAGGAAAAUUUGCUUGGACCUGCAAGCCCCGCUGUACAAGAAAAUAAUUAAGAAACUUCUGGAGAGUUAGCUACUAGAUGCCUACGUGUGUGCAUUUGCUAUAUAGCAUACUUUUUUUUUCCAGUUUCAAUCUAACUAUGGAAGAACUUCUGAUAUUUGUGUUAUCCUUAUGAUUUUAAAUAAACAAAAUAAAUCAAGUUGUAGUAUAGUCAAAAUACUUCUUAAUAAUAGUGCAAAAAUUGUGUUGACACAUAAUAAUUUCAUGGAAGAAAAAAAUUCCAGUAUUUUAAGCAAGAAAUAUUUUGAAGGAAGGUUUGAAUACUGGUUAUGCUUGGUGUUACAUGUUGGCUGAUACAUAUUCAUGCAUUUACAUGAUUGCAGUACUUUAUAGCUACAUAUUUACCUUGACCAUUAUUAUUACCUUUGUCAAUAAAUAUCAGUAACAC